AUGGCACCACACGCAGAAGAAAGCGUCGGCAACGCGAAUGGGUUGGAGGUGAAGGCGGCCCCCAAGGCUCCUUUUGUCGUCAACUCGCCCAAUGUCGAGUAUACCGAGGACACCAUCAAGACAAAGUACACUUACCGCACCACGGACGUCACCAAGAACGCCGACGGCCACUAUGUCGCUGUUCCCAAGGAGACCCUUUACGACUUCAAGGUUGACCGCAAAGUCCCCAAGACUGGCGUCAUGCUGGUAGGCUGGGGCGGCAACAACGGUACCACGGUCACGGCCGGCAUCAUUGCUAACAAGCGUAACCUUGUCUGGGAAACCAAAGAGGGUAAGCGCGGUGCCAACUACUAUGGCUCCGUCAUCAUGAGUUCUACUACCAAGCUUGGUGUCGACAGCAAGACCGGCCAAGAGAUUCAUAUCCCGUUCCAUGAUCUCCUCCCUAUGGUCCAUCCCAAUGACCUUGUCGUUGGCGGAUGGGAUAUCAGUGGCAUGAACCUGGCUGACGCCAUGGACCGCGCCAAGGUCCUGUCCCCGUCUCUGAAGUCUUUGGUUCGCAAGGAGAUGAGCGCUAUGAAGCCUCUUCCCAGCAUCUACUACCCGGACUUUAUCGCCGCCAACCAGGAAGAGCGUGCUGACAACGUCAUGGAGGGUACCAAGGCUUCUAUGGCCCAUGUUGAGCAGAUCCGCAAGGACAUCCGUGAUUUCAAGGCUGCCAACGGGCUCGACAAGGUGAUUGUACAGUGGACUGCCAACACUGAGCGCUAUGCCGAUAUCCUGGAGGGCGUCAACGACACUGCGGACAACCUUCUCAAAGCCAUUGAAUCUGGCCACGAGGAAGUUGCUCCCUCGACUGUCUUCGCCGUCGCCUCGAUCCUCGAGGGUGUUCCCUUCAUCAACGGCUCUCCUCAAAACACCUUUGUCCCUGGUGCGAUUCAGCUCGCUGAGAAGCACAAUGCCUUCAUUGGUGGUGAUGACUUCAAGUCUGGCCAGACCAAGAUGAAGUCUGCCCUCGUUGACUUCAUGAUCAGCGCUGGUAUCAAGCUCACCUCGAUUGCCUCGUACAACCAUCUGGGUAACAACGACGGUAUGAACCUCAGCUCUCAGAAGCAGUUCCGUUCCAAGGAGAUCUCCAAGUCCAACGUUGUCGACGACAUGGUCGCUGCCAACAACGUUCUGUACAAAGAUGGAGAGCACCCUGACCACUGCGUCGUCAUCAAGUACAUGCCUGCUGUUGGAGACGACAAGCGUGCUCUGGACGAGUACUACGCUGAGAUCUUCCUUGACGGUCACCAGACCAUCAGCUUGUUCAAUGUUUGCGAGGACUCCCUUCUGGCUUCGCCUCUGAUCAUCGAUCUCGUGCUCGUCGCCGAGAUGAUGACCCGUGUACAGUGGAGGGCUCAGGCUGGUGAAGGUAGCGAUGCCAAGUUCAACAACUUCCAUAGCGUGCUUAGCGUCCUCAGCUACAUGCUCAAGGCUCCUCUCACCCCUCCGGGCACUCCAGUCGUCAACGCUCUUGCCAAGCAGCGUGCAGCUCUCACCAACAUCUUCCGUGCCUGUGUCGGUCUUGAGCCUGAGAACGACAUGACUCUUGAGCACAAGCUCUUCUAG